AUGGAUCGUCAGCAGCAGCGAAGAAGAAGCAGACCCUGCAGCAGCAGCAGCAGCAGCAGCAGUUUCUGUGAGGCUCUGUUCAGCUCAGACGAGGACACAGCUCCUCUAGGUACGCUGCGGGAGCAGCAGCAGCAGCAGCAGCAGAAGCAGCAACACAAGCAGCAGCAGCAGCAGCAGCAGCAGCUGGCUGCAGCAGGAAGCAUUGCAGGCGGCAGGAAGCAGCGGCAUUCUUCUCAGUUGACUGCUGCAUCUGCUGCUUCGCAGAGCAGCAACAGCAGCAGCAGCAGCAACAGCAGCAGCAGCAGCAUACAGGGGUCUCGCCGUCGCCCAAGCAGCAGCAGCAGUGUCUGCAGCGGGAGGCAUUGCGGGCGGCAGGAAGCAGCGGCAUUCUUCUCAGUUGACUGCUGCAUCUGCUGCUUCACAGAGCAGCAACAGCAGCAGCAGCAGCAACAGCAGCAGCAGCAGCCUACAGGGGUCUCGCCGUCGCCCAAGCAGCAGCAGCAGCAGCAGCAGCAGCAGCAGCAGCAGAUGGGGGGGGUCAGCUGA